AUGAAAAUUUUAAAUUUAGAAGAAGAAUUUAGAAUUUCAGUGGAGACUUUCUUUACAUUUUUCUUUGAAAAUGCAAAUUUCAAACAAAAGUAUCAUUCAUCAAGAGGUGAUAAUCAAAUAGAAGUGAAAGCAUGGACACCAACAUCUGAUAAUAGAUAUACAAGAGAAGUUUCCUUUUGUUCUUUUAUUUCAAAUAAUCCUGUAAUCAAUAGAUUGGUUGGUGAUAAAGCAAAAGUAAAAGAAGUACAACAUUAUAAAUAUAUUGAAAAUGGUUCAUUAUAUGUUUCAUCAGAAACAUUUUUUGAUGGAUCAUCAAUUGGUAAAAGUUUUUCAUCAGUUUCAGAAUGGACAGUAUCACCAAUUAGUAAUCCAUUACCAGGAUGUAAAGUUGUAAUAGUUGUUAAAAACAAUUACAAUGGUUCAAUGUUUAAAGGUGUUUUAGAGAAUUGGGUUCAUGAUACUACUGAAGAUUCUUUCAAACAAUGGUUAACUUUAGUAAGACAACAAGUUGAAGAAUAUGAAAAGAAUGAACAAUUAAAAAGAAUUACUCCAACCCCUGUUAAAAAUAAUAAUAAUAAUAAUAAUAAUACCAACAAUAAAGUUAAAUCAAGUAAUAAUAAUAAUAAUAAUAAUAGUAAUAAUAAUAAUAAUAACAAUAGUAAGAAGAAUAUUACUAAUUAUAUUGACGAAGAUGACGAAAUAAUGGUUGAUGAAAAUCAAAAAUCAAAUAAACAACAACAACAACAACAAAAAUAUAAUGAUAGUAAUAGUGUACAACAUAUAAAUAGUUUAAAUGGUAAUAAUAAUAAUAAUAAUAGUAAUGGUGAAGAAGAUUUUAGUGAUUCAGAAUUAUCAGAUAUUUCAAGAAAAGCACCAUCACAUUUAGAUUUUAAUUCUGACGACGAUGAUGAAGAUAAUUUACGUAAAAAUAAUAAUAAUAAUAAUAAUAAUGGAAAUGAAAACUUUAACGAAGAAGAAGAAAACGAAGAAGAUGAUGAAGAAGAUGAAGAUGAUUUUGAUUAUGAUGAUAUUCAAUCAACAAGCGAUGAUAAAUUUUAUGAUAGUAAUGAUGUUUGGCAAAUCUCUAAUAACAAUAAUAAUAGUAAUAAUGAACGUUUAAGAAAUACACGUUCAAAGAAAGAUAUUAAAAACUUUAUGAUUAAUAUAAAUAAUGAUAUCUCUCAUUUGAAGAGUAUUAUUGAAGUUAAUCAUAAUCGUUUAUUCGGUUUAGAGGAUGCUUUCACACAAAUUCAAAAAACAAAUACAACUAUCAUUACAACUCAAAGAUCUUCACCACCUUUAAAUCAUAAUAACAAUAGCAACAAUAACAAUAAUAAUAAUAAUACAACAGCAGCACCAUUAUUAACUAAUACAACAAUGGUUGAUAAUACAUAUUUAACAAAACUUGAAGAAUGUGUAAAGAAUAUUCAAGAGGAUGAAAUUAGAACAAGAGAAAAACAAAAAGAAUGGAUUGAAAAGAUUAGUGAAUUAGAAAGAAAAUUAAAUUCAAUUGGUACUGCUCAAUCUCGUUCUAUCUUAUGGGUCAAUAUUUUAGCAUUGAUAUUCUUUUUAAUUGGUUGGCCAAUAGUUGCUAAAAAACUUUGGAAAUCUUUAGCACCAUUUUUAACUACUUUAUUAACCAGAAAAUAA